AUGUCUCCGCCUUACUCAGCCCAAUAUUUUGAAGAGGGACCAUCCAUGGAUUCAGGAAUAGGCCUUCUGCCUAGCCCAGCCCGUACCCCACCAGAUGCGUCGGAGCUUUCACGCCAAUCCUCAUAUUACCACCAAUCACCGAGCAGUUAUGAGGCUCUCUAUAGUAAACUAUGGGAUAUUGAAGACACCACACCAGUGUCAGUAGACAAUUCAAACAGAGACUCACCACACAAUAGCGUGCGCUUCGCCAGUCAGACCGCCCAAUCUUCCUCACGGCCUGCAAGCGCAACCUCUUCCAAAGGCGAUGGCCGAUCAAUCAGAGCGAGAAACUCGCAAAUUCCCCCAAGGCCUCAGACGCCAUAUCCACGCCAGCGUAAAGCAGAGGCUAAUGAGACUCCCCAUACCGUGGACGCAGAAGAGGUGUUGGGACCACAGAAAGGAAGAAAGACGCCAGUACUGAUGAAUGCCCCGGAUCUACAAUGGGACCUUUCCAAGCCGCCUUUUGUGAUGCAAAGUCGGAGCACUCUGGAUGAUGUGGAGGAAGCUGGUAAGAAAGAAGAGGUAAAGGCAGAGCGACGUAGUGCCAGGAAGGUAGAAAGAGCAGGCACGCCGAUUCCUACGUCCGCCCCAGCAAAGAACUAUGCACAGCACCGCAAAGCAAAAAGCAAGCCUCACCAUGCUCACCCUCAAGGAAUAGCCAGCCAUAUACUAACAAGUCCUCCAGGUGCACUACCCCCAACCCAAUCAUCUCUUAAAAUAUACACUGUCAAGCGACAAAAUACCCCUUCACCCGAGCAACAACCAUCUCCCUCACCCACACCACACAUACCCGCUCUCCUACGCGUACUAGACGCAAACCUGCAAGCACAACCCCACCAGCUGAAUUCCCUACCUGAAAGCGACGAGCGGGCCGAGCGCUCCCAGUCCCGCCCCCAACUCUCACCCUUCCCCCGCUGUUGCCAGACAAUGAGUGGAGAUGCCUUCAGUCUAGACCGUUCCUACCUUGACGACCCGCGCAACCAAGACGGCAGCGGAAGCCUUUGUACCCAGCGCACUAGGGAAACAGAUCCUUACCCCUUCACCACGACUGAGACGUUGGGAGUACAGACCGCACACAUGUUGCCUGUGCAGCGUGUUGAGCGCUCUGAUAUAAGGUGUGGGCAUGUCAGCAUUGCGAGUCGACGAUGCUGCGGUGUGCUGGAUUUGAACAGUGAGGAGGAGUAUGUGGGGGCUGCAGGGACGCCAAAGGUUGGGGCAAGGGUGAGGAAGGCAUGGGAUAGAGUUCGGGGUUUGUUUUGUAGGAAGGAGGAGGGGUUGAGUCAUGAGCGCUGGAGUAACAAUGUGUAG